CCGUGAUGCCGGAUCGUAGGAAGAGCCGGUCGCGGCUCGCCGCCGUCCGGAUGGGGCGGUCGCCGGCGGCGGCAUCGCCAUCCCGCCUUCGCGCCGCCGCCGUAAGAGCGGGAGCGGGAGCGGCGCGCGGGGGAUUCGGACGGCCGUGCGCCCGGCGCCGUCGUCGCGGUCGCGGACGCUGUGGGAGGGGAAGGGGCGGGCCCUCGCGCGCUCCGCGUCCGAGCCGGCACUCUGGUUCGGUGUGCGGGUCCACGCCCUCCCGGACGAGCUUGACCACGACUCCCCGCCGUCCCCGCCGCCGCCACCGCUCGAGCGCCCUCACACCUGCUUCGACGUCUUCGCGCCGGACUCGCCGUUCAGCAGCUCCCCCUCCGCCGCCUCCCUCACCAAGCCAAGCCCCCGGGAGGAGGCGAAGGUGGUGGUGAGCGUCACGGUGGAGGGGAGCGUCGGGCCGGUAAAGGCGAUGGUCAGGCUUGGUGACAGCGUCGGGGAGGCUAUUGCGGCGGUGGUGGAGAGGUAUGCCAGGGAGGGCAGAAGCCCGCGCCUUGACCUGGCUGCCUCGGAGAGCUUCCAACUCCACCACUCUCACUUCAGCCUUCAGAGUCUGAACAAAAAUGACAAAAUUGGAGAUGUGGGAGGAAGAAAUUUCUACCUACACAAGAAUGAUUCAAGUAAUAGGCUUUACCUCCAGAGUGAAGAACACUUUGGAGAUUCUACUGGUAGUGAAACUACACGGACCAAUGGACAACUAUCCGGUGCUCAAUACCACUUUGAGAUCUUCACCAUUGUCCUCAAGAAGCUUGACAAAAUUGGCCGGAGGACUAAAAGGAUCUGGAGGUUCAUCACCUGCGACAACUGUACAUGACAUAUCGACAUGGAUGCGCGGAUGGUGCGGUACGCAUUCAAGUACUAGGUAAACCAAUCAACGGUGUGGCAUGAUUCCUAGUAGGCUUAACCAAUGUAUUGUGUGGUGUAGAUUCUAAUUCCUAGCAGCAGUUAACUAGUAUACAGCGUGCCGAACUUCGACUUGGUACACGUCCCGUUAGUGGUUAAGCCAUAUUUUAACGGUUUGCCAGCGGGAGAUAAUCUUCUUCGGAAUUGAAACCAUGGAGAAAAAGAUAAUGGCUGGACCCUAGUGAUGGGUUUCCGGCUACCACUACUGGGGAAAGCCUCUUUAGUAUGCUCCAACCAGAUGUCGGCUACUUUUAUCUACAGCUGACGAUGUAUCUUGUGGGUCAUGUAUGACUUGUAAGAUAUGAAACUGAAACAUGAAAAAGGUGUAAUUCCUUCUCUGGCUGAGAUACUCAUAGUUUUCUUCUGCCGUACAAGAUGUGAAAUGCUUUUGUGC